AAAGGCCCUUUUGUCUUUUCUAAAACAUUAUUUGACUCUUGCCAAACACAGUCGCUCGUUGUUGGCAUUUGACACAACAUACCUCAUACCACCUACACUACGCGGACCUCUUUUUUUCAAUGGCGGAUACGAUUUUGGAUGCCAGUCCAUUCGCUGGAGAGGCAAAAUGCGGGACUAGUGGAUGCCCAACGGCCUGGGAUGUGGAAUGGCGAUUUGUUGGACUCGUCACACUCCUUGUUGCCUUUGUCGGCUUGGCACACCUUCGCCUUCAAUCAAAACUCGCUAUUGAUGGCGGCAAACGUCGUGGGGUGCCAAAGGAAUCGCCUCGGGAAGAACUCGAAAAGCUUCAAGCAAAAUGCGCGGACCUCGCCUCCGAUGUCAGACAAACUAUCGUCGAGGAAUUCCCUUCCACUACCACUACCUUAAAAAACGGUGUUCCUGACGUGGACAGCGAAGGAAUCGAGCAAGUCGAGCUUGCUGACGUCGGCCAAUUAAUGACAUGCUAUAGUCCGUCCUGCAAGGAUGGGCAGACAUGUUAUUCCCCUUCUUGCGUGCGAGGUGCGAACCGGAUUGCUCCAACCGUUGCUAGAGUGGAAAAGCCAUAUGAAGUGAGGCAUCCAAAGCGCGAGAGGAAGAUGUCACUGUUCUCCCAGAUUUUGUCGCACAAAUGUGGAGCGUUCCCGACAAAGACGGGAAUUCCGCCUACCACUGUCCACAGCGUCUUUUACCUGGAAAAGCUCCCGACAGUAACCCAACUCAAACGCCUUUUGGAAGAACGUAUUCUGAGCCGAUACCACCGUUUUAGCGCCAUCCCAAUUGAAAGUCAGGAUGGCACCAUUAGUUGGCAGCCGUAUGAAACCGUCGACACUGACGCCCACAUUAUUCGCAAAACCAUUUCCUCCGAAUCCGAGAUCAAGACUUAUGUUGAAAGCCUAUUUGGUCGCAUGUGGGAUGUCAGCAAACCUCUCUGGUUUGUCCACUUGUUGCAAAACGACAAUAACGGAAACUCGGCCAUUGUAUUUGAGAUACACCAUGUGUUGGGUGAUGGAUUGAGUCAGAUGCAGAUUUUGGGAGACUUUGUAACGAAUGAGAAUGGCCAACCGCUCACUAUGGAUGAGAAAAAGUUUAAGAAACUCCAGAGCCGGCGACCCAAACCGUCCCUUUUGAGUCGGGUUUGGACAAGGACGGUGUUGUUUGCAAACACUGGGAGGGCGUUCGUCAAGGUUUUGGGAUUGCCUAUCCUGAGAGGAGAUUCGGAGACGGCUGUAAAGACCGCGGUUUCUCGCUUUGCCAGCAGCAACCGAAUCCUCAUUACUGUCCCACCUAUUUCCCUCCAAUCCAUCAAGCUUAUCAAAGACAAGCUUCACGUAACAGUCAAUGAUGUCCUAUUGGCAGCCCUCGGUGGAGCAAUGAGAAUGUAUCUCCAAUAUCGCAGCGAUCCCAACAUCACAGAUCCAUCCCUCCGAUCCCGCGUCCGCCUCCGAGCCUUGAUGCCCUACUCUUUCCCUCGCCCUCUAGAUGACCUCCACAACAAAUGGACCAUGAUCUCUGCCGAGCUUCCGGUCCGUCAACCUGACCCUUUGUCCCGCGUCAAGUUUGCCAAGCAGACCAUGGACGCUAUCAAGAGCUCUCCAGAACCCCUGGUUGCUGUCCAACUCCAGCAACUUGCUUACAAAGCUCUUGGGCAUGAACUUAGUGCUCAAACGAAUUUGGACCUGUUUGCCCGCCAUACUUGCAUAUUCACCAAUGUCCCUGGGUUCCAGGAACGCAUUUAUAUCUGUGGACAACCUGUGUUGGGCAUGCAACCUGUUGUCUCUAACGCCUUGUUGCAGGUCAGUGCUGUCAGCUAUGACAAUUUCAUCUGGAUGAACUUUGUUGUGGAUGGGGAGACUGUGAUUCAGCCUGAGCGGUUGGCUCAGUAUAUGGUGCGCGAAGUAGAGGAGUUGGCUCGGGCUGCUGGUGUUUCGGCAAAGAUUUUGGAUACGAAGGACGAAUAAUCCUGAGAUCUUGUGGUUAUGAUAUAGAUGGUGAUCUCUGGUAGACUUGUUUAUUGUAUUUAUUUUGCCAUUAUAUAUCCAGAUAGCUUACAAUCUCCUCCGCAAAACCUGUAGAACAUUUCGUUACAAUGAGGAUGACGCUCAAAGGCAGUUGCGGUUGCUAUAAAUUUCGACCAUCUUUUAUAUCUCCUUAAUAAGGACUCCAAGCAAGAAUUUAAAGGCUGGCAUGGAAAACAUUUUCCCAACUGUGUUAGCGGGUGAAGAAGCGUUGUUUGUUCGGGGAGUAAAGAGAUGUGGCAUCGGCAUUAUCUGCAAUAAAGGUAAUCGCUCCCGCG